AUGGCUCCUUCCCAAACUCCGCAAAUAGAUGUUGAGUUCCGUACUGUCGACGGGGUUACCUUGCGAGGAUUUUUCUAUGCACCUGCUGGAGCUGUAAAGGUCCCGUGCAUUAUCAUGACCCAUGGGUUCUCUGGUCUCAAGGAGCAAUUCCUCCCCGAUUUUGCUGAGCGUUUCCGUGACGCGGGCUACGCAGUGCUCAUCUAUGACCACCGCAGCUGGGGGACCAGCGACGGUCUUCCACGCAACGAAACUGACCCUACAAGGCAAGCACUGGACUACGCUGAUGCCUUGGAUUAUGUGGCUUCACUCCCGGAAGUGGAACCAACAGAUAUCGUGUUUUGGGGUAGCAGCAUGGGCGGUGGAAUCGGUAUCCUUGCUGCAGCUUUCGACCAGCGUAUUGCGGCAGUUAUCGUGCAGGUUCCGUUUGUGUCUGGGGAGGCUAUCAGCCCUUUCCUGCAGACUUAUUUCCCUGCUAUGUACGCCGACCGGAAAAGUAUCAAAUCUGGCCACCCUCCCGCAAUGACCAAGGUCAUUCCAGAGACAGCUGAGUCUGCUGAAAGAGGCGACUCGGGAGCCUUGAUGGGCAAGCCUGAUGUGGCUCCUUACUUGAAGGAACUGGCUCGUCGUGAGCAACCAUGGGAACUUGAAGUGACUUUGCAAUCCGUUUUCAACAUUUCCACCUUCGAGCCGCGAGCAUUCAUCCAUCGAAUUUCGCCCACGCCGCUUCUAAUGGUGAUUGCAGAAAAGGACGCCACCGUGCCAACCUCCUCGCAACUUGAAGCUUUUGCUUCUGCCCGCGAACCGAAGAAAUUGGCCGUUAUAAGCAAUUCGGAGCAUUUUGAUUUGUACUUCGGCAACGAAUUUGAAGAGAACAUGGCCGCGCAGCUGGAUUUCCUUAGGACUGUGUUCUCGGAUCGCCCCAGAAGCUGCUAG